AUGCGGCAGCGGGGAGGACCCGGCGCCACUGGGCGUCGGUUCCCUCUGUCGGCAGAGCUCUCCCCGGCACCCCGCGUCGGGCCGGGGCUCUCCCCGGCAGCCCCCGUCGGGCCGGCGCGUUGCACGGUGCGGAGCUCUCCCCGGCACCCCGCGUCGGGCCGGGGCUCUCCCCGGCAGCCCCCGUCGGGCCGGCGCGCUGCCCGAGCGCGCCCGGGAGCCGCCGGGGCCGCCGGAGCCGCCGCCGGGCCCGAGCGGGGCGGCUGCGCCGGCUUCGCGCCGGGCUCGUGGCUCGGCGCGUGCUGCGCCGCCCGCCUGCCCGCCGCCCGCCGCCGCCGCCUCGCCGCGAACCUGCUGCCCGGCGAGGACGAGGAGGCGGCGGCGGCGGAGGGCGGCGCGGCGCGCGGCGGCGGGAGCGGCCCCGGCGGGGCGCGGGGCGGCGGCGGGCGGCCGCGGGGCGGCGGCGGCGGCGGUCCCGGGCCGCGGGCGCAGGUGAGCGGCGUGCAGAAGCAGCGGCGGCUGGCGGCCAACGCGCGGGAGCGGCGGCGGAUGCACGGGCUGAACCACGCCUUCGACCAGCUGCGCAAUGUCAUCCCCUCCUUCAACAACGACAAGAAGCUCUCCAAGUACGAGACGCUGCAGAUGGCGCAGAUCUACAUCAGCGCCCUGGCCGAGCUGCUGCACGGCCCCGCCGCCCCUCCCGACGGCCCCGGCAAGGCCGAACACCGCGGGGCCCCCUUCGAGCCGCCCUGCGCCGCCGCCGGGGCCGGAGCUCCGCCGGGGCCGCCGGCGCCGCCGCCGGGGCCGCCCAGAGCGUCGCCCCCCGGGGGGCACGGCAGGACUCGCUUCCCCCCGCCGCCGGCCGCGGGGGGCUACGCGGUGCAGCUCGACCCGCUGCGCUUCUCCUCCUUUGCGGAGGGCGCCCUGAUGGGACAGAGAGCCCCUUCCCCCGCCCUCCUCGUGCCGCAGCCCGGGCAGCCGCCGCAGGAGAGGAGCAAGACGUCGCCCCGGUCCCACAGGAGCGACGGGGAGUUCUCGCCCCGCUCGCACUACAGCGAUUCGGAUGAGGCCAGCUAA